AAGCUAGUGGGACGAGCGCAUGGACCCUCGUGAGUUGUAUUUAGUAUGUUGCGUACACACGGAGGAAUUCAGGUACCAGACUCCCAAAAUGGCAGCCGACAGUGUGCAAUCAAAUUUGCAGGAUGAACUUGAAAAAUUCAAGGCUGUGCAAAAACAAUAUCAGAAGGCUGUGGAGACACGACAAAAGCUUGAUGCCCAGCUGAAUGAGAAUAAUAUUGUGAAAAGUGAACUUGAUCUGUUGGAGUCAGAUGCCAAGGUUUAUAAGAUGAUGGGCCCAGCCCUGGUACAGCAGGACGUCACAGAAGCCAAACAGACAGUGGGCAAAAGAAUCGAGUACAUCGAAGGGGAGAUGAAAAGACAAGAUGGAAUGAUCAAAGACCUUGACAAGAAGCAGAAUACACACCGAGAUAAGCUGGCCAAACUUCAGCAGCAGUUCCAGAAGGCACAAGUGCAAGCGAUGGCCAAGUCAUAGCGGACAUUUAGCCCUCUUGAGACAAAACCUCCAAAUUGUCAAAGUUUUCAUGUGAAAUUGUGGUGUUCUUUGCUGUGAAGACGUGUGUUGUGGAUCUGCCAUCUUUUUUUUUAACAAGUGGGCCUCAGAAAAAGGCAAAAUUCCCCAAAUAGGCUGGCACCUGUGGUACUUGUGAAGAAAUGUUUCACGUCAUAAUGUCCUCAACUUUAUUCUUGUAGAUUUGGGUAUUUGGCCAAGACGGCUUCAUUUUGGCUCAAUUUAUGAUUGACGUUAAAUAGUUUUCUUCACUUUUCUCACACUGUUGCAUGUUACUUAAAGGUUAUACCUCAAUUAUGAUGGUAUUAAGGUAUUUAUACCUUGCAUGUUAAUCUGCUUCAGUGUGUAAAAUCAAAUGCUUCACUGUGCCCAUAAAAGGGUGCUUGACUAAGAUGUCUGCAUUAAGACCUUCAGGAAAACUAUUAGGGGGUGAAACAUGAUAGAUAUGACCAAAAUCAAAAUGAAGUGAUAAAAUUGCAACAAAAAAUCCACAUAGUGUCAACUUAUCUUCUCCUUUUUGUUAGGGGGGGGGGGUAGUUUUUAUCUGUUCAGUCCUGGAUUUUGUAUGAACAUUGUUACACUAGUGUUACUUUUAUGUAAAAGUUUUCAUUGAAAACUUGUUUGAGUAUUUUAUGUGUAUAAUAUUUGGCGAAAGGUAAUUUCCUUUUAAAUAUGUUGCUUCUGCUUUGGAGAUAUUAAAGAUGACCCGGUAACCAA